ACAAUUCUUGUAUAGGUAAUCAUCUCUUUUUUUUCUACUGAUAAACCAUCUGCAGUUUUAGUUGGAUGACAUAAUUCAGUUCCUUCCCUAAAUUGUAAUGUAAAGUGUUGGUGUGUUCACUCCAACAGUUUCUAGGUUUCAAAAAGGAGGUGCCCAUAUUUAAAUGGUAAGUGAGAGAAUUUUUGAGGUUUGUGCUAUGAUGCUUACAUUUGUAAAGUGCUUUGUGGUUUUUGGGGGCAGAAACAUUAUCAGUGAACUGUUACUAUUUUGGGCAGUGCAACUAAUGGUAUUUCUGUGCUGUGAACAUUCUAUUUCUGUUUGCCGUAAUCAAAACUAGGAAGAUCAACCCGAUGUCUAGGGGAAAGUGUAAUCUUGGAACAGCAAUUCUGAGGAAAAGCAAGUAAUUCACAUAAAAUAUUGAAACAAGAUGUGCAUCUCCAAAAUAACAGGAAGUAAGGGGAGCAUAGUUGUAAUUUAAGCUUCUUAUGGAUAUUUCUUUACUAACAUGAACUGUUAUAUUUUCUACAGUAUUACCAGAUGAGAAGGAGUUUCAGUAUGCUGCUAAAACAAACAAUUUGGAAAUCAUGGAGAAGUUAGUUAAGAAGAAGGUUAAUAUUAAUGCUGUAAAUAUUAUGAAACGCACAGCACUCCACUUCGCUGUUGCAGGAAGUCAUUUUUCCACCGUGGAUUUUCUCCUCCAUCACAAAGCCAGAGUUGAUAUAGCAGAUAAGCAUGGGCUGACAGCAAUUCAUCUUGCAGCUUGGUCUGGAAACCUAGACAUAAUGAGAAUGUUGGUUAAAGCUGGUGCUGAUCAAAUGGCUAAGAAUCAGGAUGGGAUGAACGUCCUGCACUUUGCAGCUCAGAACAAUAAUGUUAAAAUAGUGGAUUACUUUAUCCAGGAUCUUCGCCUGAAUGAAUUAAACAAGCCUGAUAAGAAAGGUAGAAAACCCUUUCUUCUGGCAGCUGAAAAAGGCCAUAUUGACAUGAUAAACAGUUUGAGUUCCCUCAAGAUGUUCACCUCUGAAAAGGAUCAGGAAGGAAACACUGCACUGCAUUUAGCUGCUAAAAAUGGUCACAGCGAGGUGGUGGAAAUUUUGCUGAAUCAAUGGGAAGAAAUAAAUGAACUCAAUGAGAAUGGAGAAACACCAUUUUACUUGGCUGUCGAAGGAGGUCAUGAAAACUGUGUUGAGAUGUUACUGGAAGCAGGAAGUGACAUCAACAUUUCUGAUAAACACAACAAUAAUGCUUUGCAUAUUGCAACACAGAAUGGACAUAAAUCCUUAGUCACAUUUCUUAUUGGUAAAAAUAUAGAUCUCGUCACUAAACCUGAGCAGAAAAAUUCCCCUCUCCACAUAGCUGUCAUCAACAAUCAUCUUUCUGUAGUAAAUUCUCUUUUGGAUGCCAAUCAUGACAUAAACUGUUUGGAUCAGAGGCAACAGACCCCUCUACAUCUGGCAGCUGAUCUUGGCAAUGUUGAAUUAGUGGAACUGUUGCUGAAGGCAGGCUGUGAUCUCAAGAUUGCAGAUAAGCAAGGAAAAACUGCACUGUCUGUGGCAUCCAGAAGCAACCAUGCCCUUAUUGUAGAUAUGGUCAUUAAAGCUGAAAGGUUUUACACCAGAAAACAGGAGCAUCUUGGAAGUACUGAUGAAUCAUCAGAUUUUCGUCUGUCCUUUAAGCAAGACCACAGCAUGCAGACCAAGCAAAUCCGUUCCUCCCUCUGGAAUCUGGCUUACAAUCAGUUAAAGCCACAGGAAUGGAAAAAGCUGGCCCUGUUCUGGCAGUUCACAGAUGAGCAAAUUAAAGCUAUUGAAGAACAGUGGACAGGAAAAAAGAGCUAUAAGGAACAUGGACACCGAAUGCUGCUUAUCUGGUUACAUGGAGUGUUGCUGGCUCAUCAGAAUCCAGUCAAACAUAUAUUUGAAGAUCUGGUGAAUGCAGGAUUUCCGCAUCUAGCUGAAAAGAUCAGAGCUGAAAGCAGCACUGAUAUGGAUUCCAGAAAAUGUGUAAUUUCCUGACUUCAACAGAAGAGAGCACACACCAUGGAAUUGUUUGCUAUUUGUGAAUACUGUUUCUAGAAAGAUUGUAUUUGAAAAAUGUAACUUGCCUGCUUUAAGUCUACGAAGUUUUUUCUUCAAGCUCUCAAAACUUAUCUGCCAGAAAUACUUCUCAGGUUAAUUUCUUUGUUUAAUUCCACACACCGUCUGACACUUGUAAGUAUGUAGUUAAUUUACUGUUUUUGGAGAGUGGUUGGUUGUUAGAAAUUAACAGUUCUGAGAAAAAACACAUAUGCUACAAUUUCUUACCCAACUUACAUCACAGCAGUAAUUCCACAUUGGAACUAUGCAGUUAAGCUACUCUGUGCUUGAUAAGAAAUAAAUGGCAUAUUUUGUAGCUUAAGGAUAUGAUGUUUAAUAAGUCAGGAUUGUGUGGAUAAAUAUUAAACACAUCCAUAAAUAGUUU